UUUAUUACCAGCUUUUACACCCAAAUCUGGAGCAAAGGAAUCCCUCGCCACCGGUGAUUCCGUCGUUAUGGCUGCUGCUUCCUCCGAGCUCUCUCCGAAAUGAGGUAAAACAAUUGUGUGUUUUAAGCAGAUGGACAAGGCUUUGACUUGGGAGAUUGACAACUUCUCCGAAAGGAAGGGUGUGAUGACAUCGGAUCCCUUCUCAAGCGGCGGCUGCAAGUGGUGUGUUAUGUUUUUUCCCAAGGGACACGAUGGUAAUCAUGACUUGUCUAUGUUCUUGCACGAUGCGAAUUGGAAGUCAUUGAGCCCUGGAUGGAAAAGGAGAGCUCACUUUCGUUUAUAUUUGUUGAAUCAAUCCGGCAAACAUCUCUACAGGUCACCUGGCCAAAACAUAUGCAGCUUGUUCUGCGCUGAGGACCCAGGCUGGGGUUUCAGAACGAAUUUGACUCUUGCCAAGCUACAGGAACAAGGGUUUCUGGAGAAGAACAAACUAAUCAUUCAAGUAUACAUCAAAGUAGUUGAAGUUGUUCAUCAAGGAAAGUCAACUGCAAAUGAAAUGUUAGAUUUCAAUGGUUUCCAGAUCAUUGCUUCCCAAUCUGCUUCAGUGAACAAGAUAUUCAAAGAGCACCCAGGCUUUGCAAAUGCUGUCAUACCAAAGAACCGAGGGGCAUACACGAAUCUCCUCCUCGGCCUCGUCAAUACACUGAGCAAGUCUCCACAGAUGCUAUCUAUGACUGAACUAAGCAAUGCUCAAAGCGAAUUGACUGAGCUGUCGGCAGCAGGCUUCAAGCUCGACUGGUUGAAGUCAAAGCUUGAGGAGGUUUCCUUGGAGAGGGAGAGAGCACUUUCUGAUGGAUCUCGGGUCCAACAGCUCGAGGAACGGGUCAACAAUGUGGAAUUGGCUUUGUCGGAUCUCAAAGUUGAAUUGGAGAAGCAGAAGAUCAAAUUUGCUGCUGCUGCUGCUAUAUUUUCUUCGUUUGAGUUCAUAGAUUCUCUUAUAAAGAGGUUCUUUAUCUCUUGCUUCUCAAUCUCAAAGCACUGAACUAUGAUUUACAUAAUCAUAGCUUGAGGAUUUUUCAUUGACAAAUAAAAUAAAAACACUUCAUGUCUA